UGUUCGAACUCUGUUGACAGCAGUUGACAUUCGAACUUGUAGCUGGUUGUGUGUACAAUUUCGCAAGAAGAAUUUCACGCGUGAAUUGUCAUUUAACUCAAUUAUUUCAUUAUGAGUGUAUCUCGGGUAGAACCUUGCAUACAACUUCCCCUCUCAAAGGAGAAACUAACGCAAACUGUAGAUAAGGCGAAAGACUGGGCUCUUAUGCAUGGUAUAAGUAUGCGAUCUAAGGAGAAUCCUAACACAGACCAAGUACAGAUAUUACCUUUUGCGCUAUUACCAACGAGUUUUCCUAGAAAGAGCUUUGAAACUGCCAAAAGUGUACAAACUCUAUUGAACGAACUUAUCCAUAAGGUUGCUUAUGAUAAGGAAUUUAUUACAAAUAGUUUAAGAAGCAUUAUAUAUUUGUGUAAUAGCACGAUCAAAGCUGAUCCGUUUACAGCAGAAUUAUUCCAUAUAUAUGAGACUGUACAUCAGGAGGGUUUCGGUCAAAACAUAAGCCUUGGAUUAUUAAGAUCAGAUUAUUUGUUACAUGGGGAGUCAGGCAGCAAAAUAAAGCAGGUUGAAAUAAAUACGAUAGCAUCUAGUUUUGCUGGUAUAGCUAGUAUUACAUCGCAAUACCAUAAGUAUAUAUUAGCAGAAUUGGGAUAUGCAGAAAAAACAAAAAAUAUUCCAGAAAACAAUAGCCUUACUGGAUUUUGCAAUGGAUUAACAACAGCAUGGAAACUGUAUAAUAAUAAAGAGGCUAUUAUAUUGUUUGUUGUCGAAGAUGUGACUUAUAAUAUAUGCGAUCAAAGGUUUCAUGAAUUUGAAAUUCGUCGAUUAAAUCCGCAGAUCAAGAUUAUUAGAAGAAGUUUAACAAGCUUAAUAUCUGAAUCUGAAAUAAAAUUAGGACCAAAUAAGGAAUUAAUUGUUGAAAAUAUGGUAGUAGCUGUAGUUUACUAUCGCUCUGGUUACCAACUCGAGGCUUAUCCUACUGCUCAAGAAUGGGAUAUAAGAUUGCUAAUAGAGCGUUCACGAGCAAUAAAAUGCCCGUCAAUACAGUAUCACUUAGCAGGUACUAAGAAGGUACAACAAUCUCUGGCUCAAUCGAGCGUAUUGAAGAAAUUUUUAAAGGACGAAGAUUCUGUUACUAAAGUGCAAGAAGUAUUUGCCGGCCUAUAUACAUUAGACUUCAACGAUGACGGAGAAAAGGCAGUGACAAUGGCUAUAAGUGAGCCAAAAAAGUUUGUCCUUAAACCGCAACGAGAAGGUGGAGGAAACAAUAUAUAUAACGACGACAUAAGAACGUGUCUGAAUUCUAUGAAAAAUAAAAACGAGAGAACAGCAUGGAUUCUCAUGGAUCGCAUUUAUCCUCCGUUACAGACGAACUAUCUGAUACGCGCUGCGCAGGAACCGAUAUCAGAAAGUAAAGUCAGUUUAUCGGAUGUUGUGGCAGAACUUGGCAUAUAUGGAGUUGUAGUGGGAGAUGCCAAACAAAUAAUACUGAAUGAAGAAGUUGGCCAUAUUUUGAGGACUAAAUCAUCGACCGAAAAUGAAGGUGGAAUAGUAGCGGGUGUUGGUGCGCUUGAUAGUCCUUAUCUUAGUUGAGACGAUAAUACAAUGACGAUAGCACAAAUUGUAAUGUGAUUUAUGAAUGCGCUAGCAUCUCUGUUAAUGUUUUAUCGCUCAUACGAAAACUCAGGUUUCAACAUUUAGUUGGACUUUUCAAGAAAUUCCGAGGGUCAGGUCUACUUAGUCUCCUUUCUUUUACUCUCUUAUAUUAGACAAAGUAACAUUGAUGGCAUUUCUCUUUUUGUUAAAACAAUAAAUACUUUUGAUAGCAUUGUAAUAACAAAAUUUUCUUAAAAUUUUGCAUAUAAUAAUAGACUAAAAAUUCAA